AUACCCAAACAAUUAGUUUUAACCCAAAUUCCAAUUGGAAUUUAAGGCCUCUUAACAGUUAUAAACACUACGUUGAAUUCGCUAAGAAAAUCAUGAAAGUUGUAACCUGCAUAGCACCUGUGAACAUAGCAGUGAUUAAAUAUUGGGGCAAAAGAGAUGAAGAUCUUAUACUGCCAAUCAAUGAUUCAAUCAGUGCCACAUUGUCAAUGGAUCAUAUGUGUGCGAAAACGACGAUUAUGUGCAGUCCGGAUUUCGAAGACAGUAAGUUCUGGUUAAACGGAGUCGAGCAAAGUCUGGAGAGCAAGCGGCUAGUUAACUGUUUACAAGAAAUUAAAAGAUUGGCGAGCGCCGAACCAAGCAAUGCAGAGAUGUUGAGGUGGAAUAUCAGAAUAUGUUCUGAGAAUAAUUUCCCCACUGCAGCAGGUUUGGCUUCUUCGGCCGCCGGCUACGCCUGUCUGGUGACGGCUUUGGCUAAUUUGUAUGGAGUGAAGACGGACCUAAGCGCUUUGGCACGGAGAGGAUCGGGAAGCGCCUGCAGGAGUAUUUACGGAGGAUGGGUUCAAUGGCAUAUGGGUUGCAAUCCGGAUGGGUCCGAUUCUAUAGCCAGGGUGAUCGAACCGUCCAUCCAUUGGCCCGAGAUGAGAAUAUUGGUUCUUGUCGUGAACGAUGCUAGGAAGAAGUACAGCUCGACCACCGGAAUGAACCGAAGUGUCGCCACAUCCGACUUGAUCAAACAUAGGGCUUGUAACGUUGUCCCGAAACGUGUGACAGAAAUGAGGGAGGCCAUCAAGACCAAGGAUUUCAAUAAGUUUGCUGAGAUCACCAUGAAAGACUCGAAUCAGUUUCAUGCAAUCGCCUUGGACACGCAUCCUCCAUGCGUCUAUAUGAAUGACACAUCACAUGCCAUCAGCGAUAUGAUCCACGCUUAUAACGAGCACAAAGGAGUGAAUAAGGUCGCUUACACUUUCGACGCAGGUCCAAACGCCUGUCUGUAUUUACUCGAAUCCGAAGUAGCUGAAGUACUCUCGCUGAUAAACGAGUGCUUUCCAUCCACAGUAGCCAAAUCCGAUUAUCUAAGAGGAAUACCAUUAAAUAUUGAGAAAUCAUCAGAUGACUUAAAAUUCGCAAUGAAUCUGCAAGUGAAUGAACCAAAUCUACUGAAGUACAUUAUUUACACCAAAGUGGGUGAAGGAGCUCAAGUGCUUGAUGGGGACCAUUUGUUAACAAUGGUUGGACUACCAAAGAACACAAUUUAAAAUUAUUUUUAUAUGUGAAGGUGCAAUGGUUUUAGAUUGGAGAAAAUGAUGGGAAAAUUGAGGUGCUUAAGAAUUAACUUAUAUACAUUUUUUAAAUUAUUAUUAUUAA